AUGAAAUUCUUUUCUGCUGCUGCCUUCGUCGCUGCUCUUGUCGCUUCUGGAUCCGCUUGUAUCGGAGGAGGAGGUGGCAGUCAAUGCUGCCCACCAGCUCAGCCAGGAUGCUCCAACCCAUGCCAAGGAGCUGGACCACAAUAUGCUGCUCCACCCCCACCACCACCUCAAUACGCUGCUCCACCACAACUCGGAGGAUAUCCAACUGCCGGAAAGUAA